ACACUUUUUCUUAGGACGUUAUAUUACAUCUGAUGAAACAGUUUGAGUCGAGGAUUAGAGGAGGACUCGAGGAUUAAUACUUUCUGAAACUUUCUCUGAGGAACUUGAACACACUGAAUAGAGAACCCCUGGCCACCACUGAUGAUCACACUGCCUCCAUAUGUGUGCCUUUGACAGAAUGUCUUAUAGUCAGAAUCAUUGGUUUAUCGGCACUGACCCGAGCUGACUUGCGCAGAGAGAGUUAUCAGUUUGUCUGUAUUAUCAGGUUGAAGCAUAUUCGAUGAAGAUAAAUUGAAGAAUAAGGUUGUGCUUUUAGAAGACUCUGGGGAAGAACAUACUUUCUUCUUGCUACACAAGUUGCAAUACGAAAAUUGCUGAAGGUUGAAGGGCCAAUGAGUGUUCUUAUUAUUGAAGCUUUCUAUGGAGGGUCCCAUAAACAGCUGGUGGAUCUGCUCCAAGAAGAGUUAGAAGAUUGUGUCCUUUACACCCUUCCUGCCAAGAAAUGGCACUGGAGAGCUCGGACAUCAGCUUUGUACUUCUCUCAGAAUAUUCCACUUAGUGAACGUUACAGGAUCCUCUUUGCAAGCUCAGUGCUUAACCUGACCGAACUGGCUGCCCUUCGGCCUGAUCUUGGGAAGUUGAAAAAGGUUCUGUACUUCCAUGAGAAUCAAUUGGUGUAUCCUGUCAAGAAAUGUCAGGAGAGGGAUUUCCAAUAUGGAUACAAUCAAAUUCUCUCCUGCCUGGUAGCGGAUGUGGUGGUAUUCAAUUCAGUUUUUAAUAUGGAGUCAUUUCUUACUUCUAUUGGAAAAUUUAUGAAGCUGAUUCCUGAUCACAGACCCAAGGAUCUGGAAAGUAUCAUCAGACUCAAAUGCCAAGUUAUUUACUUUCCCAUUCGAUUUCCUGAUGUGAGCAGAUUCAUGCCAGAGCACAAAGUUGCCCAUUUCCAGCAGAUGCGGAGUCCCGAAGGAAAGGGUGGCGUUUCUUCACUUGUGAUUCUCCCUUCCUUACAAGAGCAGGAUAGUUCUGAGAAGCUCUUGAAGAACUUGACCAUAGAGUCUGGACCUUGCAAAACUGCACAGCAAGGAAAUCUGGGUGUCUCACCAAUGCAGGGGUCCGACGUGAACGCAUGCACAUUACCAAAUAAUUCAAGCACACAUCCUGGAGAAAAUGAACCAAAUCUGACUCUUAUUCCGAGUGAUGUUUUGGCCGGAGCUGAUGAACAGUCAAGACCACUGCACAUUGUCUGGCCUCACCGGUGGGAGCAUGAUAAAGAUCCAGAAAGUUUUUUUAAGGUCUUACUACAUCUUAAGGACUUAGGACUCAGCUUUCAUGUAUCUGUCCUUGGAGAAACCUUUACUGACAUCCCAGCCAUAUUUCCAGAAUCCAAAAAGGCACUGGGAUCGUCUGUCUUACACUGGGGCUACUUACCCAGCAAAGAUGACUAUUUCCAAGUACUGUGCAUGGCUGAUGUUGUCAUCUCAACAGCAAAGCAUGAAUUCUUUGGAGUGGCAAUCCACUGAAGCAAAGACGGGCUCUGCAAAGGACCAGGUACUGAGGUUCCUCCCCACCGCCCUGGGCAGAUGGACCACUACCACUCGGCUUCACGCUGGCUCAUUUAGUGUUUUGCAAUCCUUAAUGUGCACAGCUGGCAGCUGAAUGCAGGUUUGAUACUAACAGUUUAGACAUCUUUAGAUGUAGCAGAUGGAAAAUUUUACACAAAUAAAGUAGGAGAAAGUGUGCAAUUAGGUUUUUAUCUGCAGUUACAUGAUGCAUCCUCUGUUUUAGUUUAGAACAUCACCUUAGUGGGUGGUCAUGAUCUUUCCUUGUAUCCAGGCCCUACCUUCUUGACACCACAUUUGACAUUGGCUAAAUGCCCAAGCACCAAACUUUUGUUUUUGUUGAGUGUGAAUGAAAUAGGGAAUGCAACAGUCAGCAAAGCAAAAGGCAUACCAUCAGUGAGAUUGUAACAGUCCAGUACAUUAUGGUUACAUUCCUUGUUAGUUAAAUCACUAUGGUAAAAUCCUUGGCAGGAUUUUUUUUCAAUAGUUUAUUCAUGAUGUUCAUUAUUAUGAGUUGUAAAGAGUAUGAGAAUUUCAUUUUUUAAAUGUCUUAUGGAAUGUAUCACUUUCUUAGAUCUUGUAGACAUGCUGUGGAAACCAUAACAUAAAAUAUGAGUUACUUACAAUAACUAAUUUUAAUCCCAUCUGCUAAGUAUGACAACAUUAGCAUUUCCACUUAAUUAAAAACACCCUUAAAGCAGCAAUGUUUUAAUCACUCCAUUUUAUUUACUCUCCUCCGGUGUCACUUAUAAUUGUAACUUUUUAUUUUUUAAUAAUGAGGGAUUUUUUUUCUCCUUGCAUCACACAAAAAAGUGCUGUCGAUAAUUAGCAGUCUUCUGUUAUUAGUAGACUCAGGUGUCACAACUGUGUCUCAUCCUCAUUACAGUAAAAAAUUUCACCUAUCAGAUUCAUUAUUGCUGGAUAAUGCGACUGAGAGCCUUUGCAGGCCCUCCAGAAAAGUAAUUCAGCCAAGCAAAAUUAUCAGCUAAUUAUAUUUAGAAUCAAAAGCCCAACAACUAUUUGCAGAUAAAUUGUAUGAAUUGAAGUGAAUAGAUCUGAAUAUUAAGAUUCAUAGAUUUAGCAGAUGAUUUGUUAAUUGGAAUAAAAAGGUCAUUUGCUAGUCAUUUUAACAAUAGAUCAAUUGGAACCCUAUUUAUUAUUUAACUGGUAGUGCAUAAGAAUUGAAAUGAUGAAUAAUCAUAUUACUGUCAUGAGAUGAUAAUUUCUUCAAAAAUAACAAAAUAUGAGGAACUUAUGAGAAUGGAUUUUAUAAAUUUCUUUUUUAAAUAGUGUGACCUUUGCAGCAUAUUUUAAGACUUAAGUCUAAGCUAAAGAGAUACUGCACACAAUAAGGUUUAGUAAUUUUAAAAGUCAAAAUUACAACCUAGUGGGCUGGCUUUUUUUUUUUCUUUAAUGAAUCAUAAAUAUAUUCACAAAAGAAUUAGCAAAUAAAAGUUGAAAUCCAAAUUAACAAGGUUUUUUUGUUUGUUUGUUUGUUUGUUUUGAAAUGAGUAUGGUACAUACUCAUACAAUCAGUCAGAAUGUAACUUGGCCUGCAAUUUUCUUUCAGAGAACAGCACACUCUAAUUCAACUCCAUUAUUAAAAAGCAGAUAACAUGUGCACUUUCUGAAAUGCCUGUGACUUCACUCUUUUGAUUUUAUGUAAUUAUAAGAGAAUGUUCAUACGUAUUUGCUUUUCCAUUGGCAUUGGAUUUUAAAACUGAGUAUCUGCAGAUAAAAUGCACAUUUUCUUUUCUUUCGUAAAGAAUAUCACCAGUUUAUGUGCUCAGAACUUUUGUGAGUGUCUGAAAAACGCAGCCUCUGUGCCAUUUACUGCUGUGCUUAUGAUAAGAAUGUCUGCACAUACCCUGUGUAUGUGGAGAAGAACUACGAGAUAUUCCUUUGGAUUUUAAAGCUAAAUAUUGGUCACUCGGUCUUGUGCCCUUUUACUGUCUUAUAGCUUAUUGUUUCAGCUCAGUUUCUUUCUCAACUUUGCAGCUCAAAGUAAUUUUUUUUUACCUAAACUAAUUUCAGUUAACAUAAUAGAAUUGAGAAAACACCGCCUACUUUAAAACAGCAUAAAUUGUACGUACUAUGUCACUGUAAAUAAGCAAGGUAAAUAUUGACAGAACUUCAAAUUAUUCUAAGGGUGAAAAAAAACUGUAGUUUAAAAUAAAAUUUUGUCUUUGGUCAACAUUUUUGUUGACUUUGAUGCAAGUCAGAGUUUCUUAUAAAAUAAACAUAUUUUAAAGCCUUUUGAAUUUUACCACAUAAUUCUUAGCCAAAAAUUAAUUAAUUAAUUAAAUGCAGUGCUAUCUUCAAAGUUUAUUUGUCAGAUCAAUAACCAUUCUGCAGGACAAACCUAACCAUUGAGACUGAAUACCCUCUCUCUCCUUAACCCUUACCACCACUAGAUGAAGAAAAACUUCAUCUAAGUGGCUCAUGAGAAAAUUCUCCCACAAAGUGAAACUUCACAGUUUCUUUGUUUUAUAGUAGAAGUACUCUUUUCUGAUAAAGUGGAAAAACAAGCUGCAUUUUUAAUCAUGAGAACAAAAUGUUUACUAAGAGCUUUUUUUUUUUCACUAAACAGGGGGAAAGUCAGCCUAAUAACAAAUUAGUUUGAAGCAUUUGAGUUUAAAAUGAAAAUUCUCCAUCACAACAGAUUGUAAAAAAAAAAAAAAAAAAAAUCUGAUGCUUUUAAAAGUGCUUCUAUGCUACAGCUCCAGUCUAGAAGUUAAGUAUUUGCUAUUGUAUUUAAACAUUUUUUGGAAAAUGCACAUUCUGGGGCAUUGCAGCAUUAUUAAGAAAAGCUGUCCAUACUUUACCAUGUUGUUACAUGUGUUUAUCUGCUGAUUAUAAAAUGUGCUAAACAGUAUUUUUAAAACAAAAAAAAAUGCAAAGCUACGCUUUGAUUAAUUCAGUGAACAAAACAUAUGCUCUUGGUUCUGUUCUAUGAAAUUCAUAUAUGAUCAAUAAAAUGUUUUAAAAGAGCAA